CUAAGUUCUAGACGAGAUUUUUUUUCGUCUUCUAACACAUGGAUGCUAUUUGAAAAAUGAUCGUGUGUGGGAUACUUACAAUCUGAUAACGAUCUGAGAGCUCGUGUUGUUGGGGAGAAAUUCGAAUUUUUUUCGCCUUGUAGCACGCUCUCGCUCGCACGUGCCUGGAACAGAGAGAGAAACGUAUGCUAUAUAAACACAAGCGAUGAGAGGAAAAUUAUCAUUUACAUCAGAGACAUCAGAGACUUCACGCAUCAAGAUGAGUUCUCCAUCUUCACCAUCUUACAUCCUACCGGAUAGCCCACCCCCACAGCGUGUGCUAAACUACUGGCAGCACAAAGCUGCCGAGUCCCGCGCCGCCUCUUCCGCUGGCGCUGCUGCCUCAGCUCCCGCCUCCGCUGCACCCGCACCCGCUCCACAGCAUCCAACAUCACCAGGGGGCGAGAUCGUGAUUCCGGACAGCCCCAUUCAGCGCUUGGCUCCAGCACCUACGUGGGCGCCGCGGCGUGCGGUGCUGACAACGCUGAGCAACAAGAUCAAGCAGAGGCAGACCAAGAGGAAACUAACCUUAGAGGAGGGUGAAGACAGCGGCGAAGAGGAGGAUGAGGUGCUCACUCAAUCAAAGAAAAGAGCUGUAAUGCAUGAGGACUCCUCACUCGCACCGUUAAUAAAGGAGGUGGAGGCCGAGUUGGACUUUGUGCAACUCAUCAACAAACCUCUACCCAAGCCAUGGGUGCCGCUGCGAGAGUUGAAGGAGGAUCAUCCAUACCGCAUCGUUGCGGUGAGGGAGGACACCAAUAAACACGGGCGACGUGUAAUUUUAAAAAUAAUCAAUGCAGGAAGCAAAUGCGAGGUGUAUCUACCUCAAAGAUUCGCUUCCUGCAUUGACGCGGGAAAAAUACACCAUUUCAAUGAAACUUGUAAAAAUUAUGUGUUAGUAGUAACACAUAAGUCUCCAAAUUGGUCAGAUAUAAAAAUUGUUAAAGCUUAACAAUUUUUAUAUCUGUAUACAAUUCGUUGACCUAUGUGUUACGAAUUGUAUAGAUGUAUGUGUGUGAAUAGUUGAAUAAAAUGUGAGCA